AUGGGUGUAGAGAAAGUAAUCAUUGUCGAAGGAGAUGAAGACUAUGAUUGUCCCACUACAGGUUCAAUAGUAAACGUUCACUAUACAUUGAUGUUGGAGAACGGUCAAGUAGUUGAAUCAUCACUAAACUCAAAACGACCGUUUCAAUUCACUGUAGGUGAAGGAAGUUAUCAACCUACUCAAAAACAAUAUAUACUUAUAUUCUCAAUUAUUGUAGAUUAUGGAUAUGGUAACAAAAGAGUUGGCUCUAUUCCAGCGAAUUCUAUUUUGAAAUUUGAAAUUGAACUUAUCGAUUUUAUAUAG